CCUCAACAUAGCUGAUGCACAUCUCACAAGCGAACCAGCCAAGCAUCUCUAUCCUCAUACACGAUGCCCGCGAACCAAAGCGUCAAAAAGGCCCUCUCGCUGAUCGAGGCCGACGCCACCAAAGUGCUUGGCCUGAAUGUCGGCCAACACAGGGAUGUCCAACCGGGCCAGUACAUCCCCCGAGCGGAGGCACAAUCUCCGCCGGAACUCUCCUUCGGCAACCUCUCGCCAAGCACGACCUACAUGGUCAUCGGCCUCGACAUCGACGCCCCCUUCCCUUCAUUCGGCGUCCUCGGCCCCAUCCUGCACUGGAUCCAGCCGGGUUUGCAGCCCACUGCAUCAGAAACUGAUUCGAGUGUCCACGUAUUGAAAGUUACGGCCCCGUUCGUGGCGAACUACAUCGGUCCCGCCCCGCCCCCUGGCAGCUCGCCGCAUCGGUAUAUCUUCUUCCUGUACGAGCAGCCGGCGGAUUUUGUGGGGGAGAGGUACGCUCCACCGGGUGGGCAGAAGCUGGGGAACAUGCAUCGCAUGCGCUAUGAUCUUGAUGCCGCGGAGGUGCAGUUUAAGCUGGGAAAGUUGGUGGCGGUGAAUUAUUUUACUAGCAAUUAGGGCUUUGGUGGGUAGGUGGAUUGGUGAUGCGGAGUACAGCUGUUCACCCAGCACGAUUGUUGGCAUAUGACGGUCUUUGCUAUAGUAUAGAUCGGGUUUGUGUCUUAUGGGUAACACUACAGCCAGGUUGGUAAUCUCUAUUAGGCAGCUAUUGGACUCUAGCAAUAGAGCUCGGACUUUCUCC